CUCCUCCAUAGCUCUUAUAGCCACAUCCUGCAAGGAAAAACCCCAGCCUCCUGUGAAGGCAGAGCCCAUACAAGGAUGUGUGUGUGGGCUCAGCAGCCCACAGCAGUUCUGCUCCUAGGACUCAUACUUGGAGUUACAGCCAGGCUCAACUGUGUUGAAGAUACCUACCCUCAUGGUCACAAGUGCUGCAAUGAGUGCCAGCCAGGCAAUGGUAUGGUGAGCCGCUGUGAUCACACCAGAGACACUGUAUGCCAUCCUUGUGAACCUGGCUUCUACAAUGAGGCGGUCAAUUAUGAUAGCUGCAAGCAGUGUACACAGUGCAACCAGCGAAGCGGGAGUGAACUCAAGCAGAAUUGCACACCUACUCAGGAUACUGUCUGCCAAUGCAAGCCAGGCACCCAACCCCGGCAAGACAGCAGCCACAAGCCUGGAGUUGACUGUGUUCCCUGCCCUUCUGGCCACUUUUCUCCAGGCAACAACCAGGCCUGCAAGCCCUGGACCAACUGUACCUUAUUUGGGAAGCAGACACGGCACCCAGCCAGUACCAGCUUGGACACAGUCUGUGAAGACAAAAGCCUCCUGGCCACACUGCCCUGGGAGACCCAGAGCCCUACAUUCAGACCAGCCACUGUCCUGUCCACCACAGUCUGGCCCAGGACUUCUCUGUUGCCCUCUACACCCACCUUGGUGGCUCCUAGGGGUCCUGCAUUUGCUGUUAUCCUAGGCCUAGGCCUGGGUCUGCUGGCUCCCUUUACUGUUCUGCUGGCCUUGUACUUGCUCCGAAGGGCUGGGAGGUUACCUAACACUCCCAAACCAUACUGGGGAAACAGCUUCAGGAUCCCUAUCCAGGAGGAACAGGCUGACACACACUUUACUAUGGCCAAGAUCUGAACAGUACCUCAGGAGUGGAUUUUAUGGGGCAUGGACAAUCCAUAUCCUGAAGUCUGCCAGUGCCCUCCACACCGUUCUAGGUGCUGGGCUGGCUCUGUAUGCUGUGCAUACUGUCUGCCUGCUGGUACU